CAGAUGCUGUCUAUGAGAAAUGGUGUUUACCUGAACCCACCGUAUUUAUCUGGUGCACUUGAGCCUGCACAAGCAUCACAAAUGUUUGCUGCACUUGGUGGGGGCCACAUCACAGCGUCAAGCUCUGGGGCAGUGAUGCCACCUGUAAACCAAAGUUCAGGAGCUCAUCAGGCAUUUGACCCAUUAAAUCCUCCUCCACAAAAUCAACCACUAUCUUUUGUCUUACCAAGUGUUCCUGACAAAACCAUUCCAGAACAUCAAUUUCAAUUGGAAUCGUCACAGUCCCACCUUCGAACAUUUCGGAUGCCUGAAUCUUCUGAGAUGAUGCUUCGGGGGGAGAUGAUUGCAAAUCAUCAGCUAACUUCAGGUCAAGAAAGAGUUGGUCUGCCAGGAAAUGAUAUGAAUCCCAUUAGGCAAGAAUCAUCAGUUGUAAACACUGAUCAUUUUGAUGGUUGCUCACGUAACAAAGAGUGAUUACAUGAUAUGGUACCAAAAAAAUGCAGGACAUGUGUAGCUUAGGAAAUGGCGACGGAUGAAACUGAAUGAGGACCGAAGGCAGGAUGAGUGAGUGGGAUAGUUCAGUAACCCAGCUGACACGCAGGCUUCCAAAAUUAUUUACCUCUACCGCAAUAGUAACUUUAUUUUUUUGAAGCAACCUGAAUGCUUCGCUUAGCAGGGCAGUAUUGAUAGUAGAAAACCAUGGAACGUCGCACAUUUCGUGGUCUAUGGGAAUUGGGAAACCAGCAGAUGACUGAGACUGUAAUGUGUUUUUCAACUAGCAGCGUAAGCCAAGCUGUGUGUAAGCUAGAUCAGAGUUGUGAGGCUAGUUUGCCAGCUCCACUCAGAACUGUGCUACUAGAUCAGAGGUCCUGAAGAUAGUCUCUUGAAAGCAGUCCAGAGACCGAAAAGGCUUCAUGCUUAUUUGUAAUAUUUCAACAAGGGUAGCAGAAGUCGAUUUUUAUGAUAUAAUUCAGAACAGUCCAUUUCGCAUUCAA